AUGGGUAUUCAAGCACUAUUACGGGGACAAGAGGAAUUAUCAUCACAAAUAAAUAGACUUUUGAGCAAUUAUAAGAAAUCGAAAAGUAGAGUCACCAAACCAUACAUAGACACAAGAUUAGAGUUAUUAGAGUCAAACUUCGUAAUAUUUAAAAGAAAUCAUUUGGAAAUACUGGAAUUAGCUACAACAGAGGAGAGGAAAGACUUGCAAUAUUUUAGAGAAGAUUUUUAUUACAACUGUGAGGAUGAUUAUUUAGAACUGAAGACUCUUAUGAAGGAACAUUUAGAGGAAUUGGCCCCCAAGUUAGACACGGUCACCAAAGGCAGUGAAAACGUCACUGUGACCGCCCCAGCAAAAUAUGGUUUGAGAACUAAGUUGCCUGCCAUAGAAAUACCAUCGUUCUCGGGAAAUUACAAUGAGUGGACUAGCUUUUAUGAUUUAUUCAAAUCAUUAAUUCACAAUAACUCAGAGUUAAGCAACAUCCAGAAGUACCACUAUUUGAAGAGCAAUCUCAAGGGCGAAGCCGAGUUAUUGUUGAGACAAUUUCCCUUAACCGAGGCAAACUACACGAAGGCCUUAGAAUUGCUGGAGGCUAGAUACGAUAAUAAGAGACUCAUAGUACAUGCACACAUCACACGAUUUAUUGGUCAGAAGAAACUUCCGUCAGAAUCAGCCAAGGGUAUACGCACAUUAUUAGACACCACAAAUGAAACUUUGAACGCAUUGAAUAAUGUGGGCGUAUCGACUACAAACUGGGACCCUCUGAUUACGCACAUCAUUGUCGGUAAAUUCGACAGUGAAAGUCAUCGACUAUGGGAGCAGAGGUUGGGAGGAUCACGUGAUAUUCCAACUACUAAGGAGCUGCUGGAUUUCAUGGAGAUGCGAUUUAGAACUCUUGAGUCAUUAAACAUCACCACUCCGAAGGAAACGACAGUGAAUCGCACUCCACCGUUGAAAUCGUUUAAGGCCAGCGCUGAACCAAUAUGUACACUCUGUAGUAAGGACCAUUAUAUACACAGUUGCAAAGAUUUCACCAAAUUGAGUCCAGAAGAACGACGUGACGUUGCUAUAGAAAAACAGCUGUGCUUCAACUGUCUUAUUCCGAAGCACAGUGUCCGAUUUUGUCGUCAAAACACUUCGUGUAAGAUUUGCCAGCGACGUCAUCACUCACUCUUGCACCUGAAUACUACAGAGACACAACAAACACAUGCUACCCAAGUUGAUAACGAAGAAGAUGAAGAGGUUGGAGAUUAUGACACAUCCCAGUUGGCGGUAUACAAGGCUGAUAUAACCGGAACACAGGUCUUGUUGGCUACGGCAUUGGUACAGAUUCGAGGCAAGGAUGGCAGAAGACACACCCUGAGAGCGCUGAUCGACCAAGGUUCGCAGGCGUNCUAG